UUUCUCCCCUGCCUCUUUUAUUUUGGGGAGAUUUUCCCCCCCACUCCCACUCCCUCUUUUGCAUUUCCCUCCCUUUCCCCCCUUUUUACCCCAUCUUUGGCACCUGAAUUCCUCUCGUCUUGCCACUGAAGAAAGGGGAGAAAUAUAUAGACAUUUAUCCGCCUCUCUCUCUCUCUCUCUCUCGCCUGCAAGAAAAAGGGAGAAUUUCCCAGCGAUGACAAUAAUGCUCCCCAGCAAGGCUUUCCCUUGGAUUUGGCUCUUCCUGGGGGCGGCAGUUGCUCUCCAGGUGAACAUUGCUCCAAACAAGGUGGAGGUGCCUGUUGGAGAGUCCAAAUUCUUCCUGUGUCAAGUGACUGGCGAUGCCAAAUCCAAAGACAUCUCCUGGUUUGCUCCCAACGGGGAGAAACUGACGACAAACCAGCAGCACAUCUCCGUGGUGCGCUCCGAAGACUCCUCCACACUCACCAUCUACAACGUCAACAUCGAUGAUGCCGGCAUCUACAAGUGUGUUGUGUCCAGCGCGGAAGGGGACGUGGAGGCCACCUUGAAUGUGAAAAUUUUCCAGAAGCUGACUUUCAAGAAUGCCCCGAGUCCUCAGGAGUUCAAAGAAGGAGAAGAUGCGGUCAUUAUGUGUGACGUGGUCUCCUCCCUGCCUCCCACCAUCAUGUGGAAGCACAUGGGCAGGGAUGUCGUCCUCAAAAAAGACGUGCGGUUUGUUGUGUUGUCCAACAACUACCUACAGAUCAGAGGGAUCAAGAAAACAGACGAGGGGAUGUACCGCUGCGAAGGGAGGAUCCUGGCCCGCGGCGAGGUUGAUUUCAGAGAUAUCCGGGUCAUUGUCAAUGUGCCUCCCACCGUCCGCUCCAGGCAGAGCACUGUCAACGCAACAGCAAGCCUCAGCCAGUCGGUCAAGUUGGUCUGCGAUGCAGAGGGCUUUCCAGAACCAACCAUCAGCUGGACCAAGGAUGGGGAGUCAAUAGAACGAGGGGAAGAUGACGAAAAGUACGGCUUCAGUUAUGACGGUUCAGAGCUGACCAUCCGCAAAGUGGAGAAGAACGAUGAGGCGGAGUAUGUCUGCAUUGCGGAAAACAAGGCUGGAGAGCAUGACGCCACCAUACACCUCAAAGUCUUUGCAAAGCCCAAGAUCACCUAUGUGGAGAACAAGACCGCCAUGGAGCUGGACGACCAGAUCACCUUGACCUGCGAGGCCUCCGGGGACCCAAUUCCCUCCAUCACUUGGAGGACCUCCACCCGGAACAUCAGCAACGAAGAGAAGGCUUCGUGGACCCGGCCGGAGAAACAAGAGACCCUUGACGGGCGCAUCGUCGUGCGCAGCCAUGCCCGUGUCUCCUCUCUGACGCUGAAGGACAUCCAGUACACGGAUGCCGGGGAGUACAUCUGCAUCGCCAGCAACACCAUAGGGCAGGACUCCCAAGCCAUGUACCUGGAAGUUCAGUAUGCCCCAAAGUUGCAGGGCCCUGUUGCGGUUUACACUUGGGAAGGCAACCAGGUGAACAUCACCUGCGAGGUCUUUGCCUACCCCAGUGCUGUCAUCUCCUGGUUCCGGGACGGGCAGCUGCUGCCCAGCUCCAACUACAGCAACAUCCGGAUCUACAACACGCCCUCCGCCAGUUAUCUGGAGGUGACACCGGACUCAGAAAAUGACUUUGGAAAUUACAACUGCACAGCGGUCAACCGGAUUGGCCAGGAGUCUUCGGAGUUCAUCCUGGUGCAAGCAGAUACGCCCUCCGCGCCUUCCAUCGACGAGGUGGAGCCCUACUCCAGCACCGCUCAGGUGAUGUUCGAGGAGCCCGAGGCCACGGGCGGCGUGCCCAUCCUGCGCUACAAGGCCGAGUGGCGGGCGCUGGGUGAAGAGAACUGGCACACCAGGCUCUACGACGCCAAGGAAGCCAACGCAGGGAGCGUGUUCACCAUCGUGGGCCUGAAGCCGGAGACGCUGUACGCCAUCCGACUCUCCGCCAUCAACGGCAAGGGUGCGGGAGAGGUGAGCUCUCUCUCCGAGUUCAAGACGCAGCCAGUUCGCACUCCACCGCCACGUGAGCCGAGCGCGCCCAAGCUGGAAGGCCAAAUGGGAGAAGACGGCAACUCCUUCAAAGUGAACCUCAUCAAGCAAGACGACGGAGGCUCACCCAUUCGGCAUUACCUUGUCAGAUACAAAGUUCAGUCCUCCGACUGGAAGCCCGAGAUCCGGCUCCCUUCGGGCAGCGACCACGUCAUGCUCAAGUCUCUCGACUGGAACGCCGAGUACGAGGUCUCCAUCACGGCGGAAAACCAGCAAGGGAAAUCCCAGGCCGCCUACGUCUUCUUCAGGACUUCUGCGCAGCCCACCAUCAUCCCAGCCAGCACAAGCCCUACAUCGGGACUGGGCACUGCCGCCAUCGUGGGCAUCCUCAUCGUCAUCUUUGUCCUUCUGCUGGUGGCUGUGGAUGUCACCUGCUACUUCCUGAACAAGUGCGGCCUGUUGAUGUGCAUUGCCGUCAACGUGUGUGGCAAAUCCGGUCCUGGGGCAAAGGGCAAAGACAUGGAAGAGGGCAAGGCUGCCUUCUCGAAAGAUGAGUCGAAAGAGCCCAUUGUGGAAGUGCGAACAGAGGAAGAGCGGACCCCAAACCACGACGGAGGCAAACACACGGAACCCAACGAGACCACGCCGCUAACAGAGCCAGAGCACCCUGCCGACACCACGGCGGCCACUGAGGACAUGAUGCCCUCCGUCACCACCGUCACCACAAACUCUGACACGAUCACAGAAACCUUUGCCACCGCUCAGAAUAGCCCCACCAGCGAGACCACCACGCUCACCUCCAGCAUCACCCUGCCAGCCACGCCAAUGCCGGACUCCAACUCCGUGGCCCCCGCUCAGGGCACUCCCUCAAAAGCGGCCGUGGCGUCCUCUCCGCCCCUUUCCGCCCCCAAAGUGGCUCCUCUGGUUGACCUCAGCGACACCCCCACAUCUACCCCGUCCUCCGGCAAGUUGUCGUCCGGCGUCCUGACCAACCAAGGGGCCGUGCUGAGCCCCAGCUCCUCCGCCAAAGCGCCCGAGGUAUCCAAGGGCUCCGCUCCGGGCAGCAAAUCCCCCGCCCCGCCACCCCCGCACCCCACCAGCCCCCCAGCCUCCUCAGAGCCCAAGCAGGAGGCCUCGGGCACCAAGAGCCCAGAAAAGGAAGCCACGCAGAGCAACUCGGUGAAGAGUCCAACAGAGGCCAACAAGAAGGGCGAGGCUGCCGCAGUGGCCACCGCAAACGCCACUCAGAACGAGGACUUUAAAAUGGACGAAGGGAGCUUCAAGACGCCAGACAUUGACCUUGCCAAGGAUGUUUUUGCCGCGUUGGGCACCAACGCUCCUGGGGGACAAGCGGCUGCUGCUGCUGCUGCUCCGUCCGCGCCGGAGACUUCCACAUCGCCAGCGCCGGCCAAGACAGAGAAAACCCCUGUAGAAGAAAAGCCUGCAAUCCAAGCCACAGAAGCCAAGACAGCCCCUGCAGAAGUCAAGACGGUGCCCAACGAAGCCACGCAAACAAAUGAGAAUGAGAGCAAAGCAUGAUGGGCCACCGUGCCACACAAAACAAAAUUUGGAAAAAAAAUAAUGACAGAACAGCUUCACCUGAGCAUCGAAAACACAACACACAUCUCAUCCCUCUAGUGUCUUUGCCUUUUUUUAAAGAAAAGAAAACAGACAAAACAUGCAUACAAACGGGGGAAAUGUGUUCUUUCUUUCUUUCUUUUUUGGUAGAUUCGUAGGGAAAUUUUCCUUUUGUGUGCACUUGCUUUAAGGAAAAAAAAGGUAAAUAUCCUCUCCCCGCCCCCCUUUCUUCUUUAAGGAUAAACCCACAAUCCCAUUAGAAUAGCAGCAACCUUGCAAAAGUUUUAAACAAUGCAAUCCCAUCCCAACUGCAGCCUCUUUCGGAGACAGAAUUAGGAAAUCUUGGCUCUCCGAGGUUGCGUUAACUGACCGAGCCAGUUGCAAACCCUUUGGUCUUAUAUUCUGCAGCCAAAUUGGGAUAAGGUUGGGGGGCAAGAGCCCUGUAAGUUUACUGAAGUCAGUCUUUCCCCCCUUCCUUCUCUUUCUCCUCGUUCUCCUGUGCCCUUUUCGUUCUGUUUUCGGGUGUGUUUCCAAUAUUUCCUCCUGAGUUGGGUUCUCCUUUCGCAAGGCCAGGCUCUUGCCUUUGCCCCGAGGCAGAGACCCAGACCCCUUUGCGCUCCUUGAAAUCCCGACAUUUCGGUUUAGGAAGGAUGCCAUUGGGCAGCUUUGGGAGUCUAAUCUUUCAGCCAGCAGUAUUCCUUGGGUUUUGUGUGUAUUGCGUGUGUUUUAUUUGUUUUUUAUUUUUGGUUCAUUUGUUCGUUUGCCAACUCUUUUUUCUUCCAGUGUUUACAGUCGACAAAACGUUUUUUUAAAAGAACUUUUGUUGUGUUUCAAUGUCUGUGUAAAAUAGCUGCCUUUUUUUAAAAAAAAGAGAGAGAAAGAAAGAGAGAGAGAGAGUAAGUAAAUCCAGGCUGUAUAGAUAGUAAGUUGACCAGCAUGCUUGCUUUGCAAAGGGAGACAUUUUCAACGUGGAUGUUUACAGUAGAUUUUUUCCCCCCAUGAUCUCCUCCCCUUUCCCUUUUUAAUUAUUAUUAUUUUAUUAUCUUAUCGCAGUAAGAAAACGAGGCAACCCCUUAUGUUCUUGUUUUUACAUAGACGGGCCACUUAACAGCCAGUAUCCUACUUCAGACUAGUAUCGUGAGAAGGCUAAGCUUAAAGGGAAUAAAGUUGGGAAAGUUUGAGAACGCAGCCAUGCCAUUUGUUUAUCAGCCGAGCGUGAGAACUGUGUUUAAAAGGGAGACAUGUAAGAAUGGCAUUGUAACUCACUCAUGGCGAUAAAUCCAUGGGCCUUAACAUUGCCCGCCUAGAUACCAAACUGUCCGACUCACCGCCUGACACUUAAUAUUGUCAUCUCUGUAGUGCAAACAUGGGUUUUAUGUACAAGCUGAGACUUCCCUGUCCUUGGAUGUCUAUCUAUCAUAAACGCUGUGUGUGCUCAUUGAUGCUGAAGGAAGCUUGAGCAUUUCCUACUCAUACGUAAUGCCAUGUUUGCCGUGUAUGCAGUGGGAGGGAGAGCGGGAGCGGAGGGUUGGCUUCAGUGGAAAUUCUACCCAAAUUAAAUAUAUUUGAGAAUGCGAUCUUACAUUAAAUGUAGUUAAGUUGAAUUAUUUCAGAGGAUUUCAGCCCAAAAAAAAACUGCUUUAGUGAAUGAUCUCACUUGUGAUCAGGCUCGUUCUUAUUUCGUUCAGGCACAACUCAAAUGUGCGUAGGUUUUUCCGCUGGGAAACAUUUAUAAGAUGUAUGCAACACAAUCAGUCUCCCCUCCCAACCCCUCACCCCGACAAACCCUUCAACUAGUGAUGGUAUCACUCUAUAUAUAUAAAAGGGUAAUGGAAUCGCGGCACCGGACAAAACAACUAAACUAAAUGCCCCACAACCUCGAAAAUUGACAGCAUAACCUCUCAUCCACACCUCUACAUUCAUACAACAAAAAGAAAAGAAAAAUUAAGCCCUAGCCACAGCAACGCGUGGCCGGGCACAGCUAGUACAUUAUAAAAGUAAAACGCAUGUGAAUAGUUGUUGAUUGAGAAGUUCAACAUUGAGUGCCAUUUAGACCAUUGGAAAGAGGCUCUGCUGCAAUCACCAAGGUAGAAAGAUAUCGAGAUAUUGAAGGGAGCCAAUCAAUCUCUCGUAAAAGAAUGUAUACUUUGUGCUGAAAAGCUACAGCCUUUAAGAAUUUCAACCAAAUAGGGUAAAAUUUACUUUGAGAAGUAUAAUUACUUCGAGGUUGCUUAGUGCCGUAAGGCUCGAUUUCUGGUGGCACCAAACCUCAAAGAUCGUGUAGCUGAACUCGGAUGGCUAAGAGUGAAAUGUGAGUCCUUUGGACUCCUGAAGCGUCAUUGCAUGAAGUAUGUGUGCAAAGGCUUCCGUGUGUUGCACCUGACUAGCUGAGUCCCUUUUGCUCCAAGAAGUCUUGCCCCGGAGGGUUUCCCGUUGGGUUGUCUCCAUGCCUUGGCUUCCCCAAAUCAAUGUGCUUAGACCUCAGAGCUUGCUUCAAACUUUUUUUGGUUUACGGUGUUCUGCCCUUUGCAAGAUGGGAGGCCUGUUCUGUGCAGAGUUGUGUGUCUCUGUGUGUUUUCGGACAUCUCCCCCGCUCAUCCCCAUUGAGGAAAGCAGUGGCCGCGUUCACCUUGCGCACCUGACGGUGCUGGUCCAGGGUCAAAACUGCAUUCAGGAAAACCAAUUCUCGAUGUUGUCUCCCCUUCCUGCACUUACGAAUCCCUCCCGAAGCUUAACCAAGCCAAAGCGGAGGUUGUACAGUCAAGGGCUGGUCUCAGAAGUUACGCUUGAAAAACAAAACCCUACUCUUCUUUCUUAUUUAAGAUACGUUCUGGCCUGUACAGUAUUUGAAAAGUAGCAAAGCUCACCACUUUGGGGACUUGGCAAGCCGCAUCUUUAUUUACAGCAUGUAUAUUCCACUCUUUUCACCCCAAAGACAACUCAGGGUGGAUCACAGAACACAUAUACAGCAAACUUUCAGUGCCGCUAGACACAGACAGGACAGAAAACCAUACAGAUAGGUACGAGGGCUAUCCAGAAAGUUCAUUACGUUUUGGAAUUAAAAAUAAAGUAUAGGAGAAAACAUUUACCAUAAUCAGUUGAACGCCAGACCCAAAUACAGUAGAGUCUCACUUAUCCAAGCUAAACGGGCAGGCAGAAGCUUGGAUAAGCGAAUAUCUUGGAUAAUAAGGAGGGAUUAAGGAAAAGCCUAUUAAACAUCAAAUUAGGUCAUGGUUUUACAAAUUAAGCACCAAAACAUCAUGUUGUACAACAAAUUUGACAGAAAAAGUAGUUCAGUACACAGUAAUGCUAAGUACUAAUUACUGUAUUUAUGAAUUUAGCGCCAAAAUAUCACGAUGUAUUGAAAACCUUGACUACAAAAAUGAGUUGGAUAAUCCAGAAUGUUGGAUAAGCGAGUGUUGGAUAAGUGAGACUACUGUACUAAUUUUUUUCAUCUCACUUUUUAGCCAGUCAUUCCAUCAUAACUCUUUUCACUUGGUUCCAUCAUAACUCUUUCACUCGGUGAGACCUAAACACCCUUGUUUUGUAUAGGACGGAACUCAGAAUCUGCCAAUUCGGUUGAAUAUUUUGGUGACUUUACUCAUUUAGAAUUUGCCAAUUCGGUUCAAUAUUUUGGUGACUUUACUCAUUUAGAAUUUACCAAUUCGGUUCAAUAUUUUGGUGACUUUACUCAUUUAGAAUUUGCCAAUUCGGUUCAAUAUUUUGGUGACUCUACUCCUUUAGAAUUUGCCAAUUCGGUUCAAUAUUUUGGUGAUUUUACUCAUUUAGAAUUUACCAAUUCGGUUCAAUAUUUUGGUGACUUUACUCAUUUAGAAUUUACCAAUUCGGUUCAAUAUUUUGGUGACUCUACUCCUUUAGAAUUUGCCAAUUCGGUUCAAUAUUUUGGUGAUUUUACUCAUUUAGAAUUUGCCAAUUCGGUUGAAUAUUUUGGUGACUUUACUCCUUUAGAAUUUGCCAAUUCGGUUGAAUAUUUUGGUGACUUUACUUCUUUAGAAUUUGCCAAUUCGGUUGAAUAUUUUGGUGACUUUACUCCUUUAGAAUUUGCCAAUUUGGUUGAAUAUUUUGGUGACUUUACUUUAGAAUUUGCCAAUUUGGUUCAAUAUUUUGGUGACUUUACUCAUUUAGAAUUUGCCAAUUCGGUUCAAUAUUUCGGUGACCCAAAGCCGUGACUUUACUAAUUUUUAAAGAAAUUGUACAAAGGGGGAAUGUAGGGCGAAGGAUGUAGUAAUGAGAAAGACCAGCCCGUUGUAUAGAACUUUUUUUUUAUUUGUAAAAGGAUAAUUUUAUUAGAACUGCAAGCUUGUGCACUGUGGGUGCGUGAAUAUCUUUUGUGAACUGUGUGUUUUUUUGUCAUAGUAUCAAAAAAAAAGUUUAAAUCAGGAAAAAAACAUGUCAUGAUAGAUUGGAUGUGGAAGGUGUAGCGAAGGCAUGGGCAAAUUUUGGACUUUCCGCUGGGUGUUUUGGACUUCAACUCCCACCAUUCCUGGCCUCAGGCCAGGAAUGGUGGGAGUUGAAGUCCAAAACACCCGGCGGAAAGUCCAAAAUUUGCCUAUGCCUGGUGUAGCAGGAUUAGUUUGGGUGACUGAGACGAAUACAAAUGAUCCAACCUGCAUUUCAGGAUGUGUAAAAAAACGAUCUCGACUGAAGGGUAGCCUUUAAAUAAAUAUAAAACCUGCGAAAUUGAAUGUGAUAUAUAACAUUCCUUUGCGCUAACUAAAAUAGUGCGGGAGUGGGACAAGGAAGAACGAAGCGGCAAAACGGAGCCACGCGUUUUGGGGUGACCAUGUGACUCCCGUAGUGUCUUUCAGUUAUCUUUCCGUUAUCAUUGCCAACGGUGAAAAAAUCCCCAAGUCUUGUCCUUUGGCUAAAUGUGGGGCUGUGUUUCACUUUCCUGGGGAAGCUUUGCCAAUAUCAACACAUAACACAACACUCGUGCCACACUCAUCCACAGUUAGGAGAAGGUGAAGUUGGUCUCACAACUGCAUGUCAUGAUGUCUUUGACUUAGGAUGGUUGAAGGAAUGGGGAAAUUUCCAUUUGAGAAGGCACUAGUGAGAUUCUCAUGUGGCUUUUUUUAUUUUGGCCAAUGGAGAGAAGAACAGGAUAGGAGUUGUCGAAGGGUUUCAUGGGUUGUUGUAUGUUUUCCAGGCUGUAUGGCCAUGUUCCAGAAGUAUUCUCUAGAUGUGGGCGAAACGUCAGGAGAGAAUACUUCUGGAAGUAGUAUCGAUGUGGGUGAAACAUCAGGAGAGAAUACUUCUGGAACAUGGCCAUCUAGAUGUGGGCGAAACGUCGGGAGAGAAUACUUCUGGAAGUAGUACCUAGAUGUGGGCGAAACAUCAGGAGAGAAUACUUCUGGAAGUAGUAUCUAGAUGGCAAAACUUCAGGAGAGAAUACUUCUGGAAGUAGUAUCUAGAUGUGGGCGAAACUACUUCUGGAAGUAGUAUCUAGAUGAGGAAGAAACGUAAGGAGAGAAUAAAAAAAUAAAUAAUAAAUAAAUAAACUUUAUUUUUAUAUCUCGCCCCAUCUCCCCGAAGGGACUCGGGGCGGCUCACAACAGGGACAAGCCCGAAAACAACAACACAGGACAUUCUGGAAGUAGUAUCUAGAUGUGGGCGAAACGUCAGGAGAGAAUACUUCUGGAACAUGGCCAUCUAGAUGUGGGCGAAACGUCAGGAGAGAAUACUUCUGGAACAUGGCCAUACAGCCCAGAAAACAUACAACAACUCUGAACAGGGAAGGACUUAUGGUGCGCAAGACAUUCCCUUGGUCUCACAUGUGGCCACCACAAGUAUCUAAUUUGCCUGAACAACAACAGUUUUGCCAGUAGUUUUACUUCCUAUGUUGCUAUUCAUUGUAUACCAAGUGGUUGAUGGAAGGCACAUGCUGCCAUGAUCUGCCAAGCACUUACUUCACGAGUGUUGCCAACUGUGGCUCUUCUUCGAUCUCAUUCAGCAAAGUUGACCACGGCUAGUCCCUUGCAACUUAGGGAGAAACAAACAGCAUGUUGUGGUCUCAACGUAUUUUGAUGACUCGAGCUUUGCAAGAUAGGAGCAAAACCUCACCAACCCUGAAGUGACAACUAUCCAUGGUUGCCAUUUGGUUGGCGCCAAACGGUUGCCUUCACCGCAUACUUUGUUCAGGAUCCUCUUGCCGUGGUUUCCUUCCCCGUUUGCAUUCCCAUCCCGAGGGCUUUUAACAAAACAUUUCCUCGAUCAGAAAAUGGCAAAUGUUUCUUCUCUGCGGAUUAGCUUUGGUGAGCCUGUUGUCUGUCCACAAGAGUUUGUGGCUUGUUUGGGCUUUCUGUUUCAACAAAAAUAAGAAACACGAUCUCAAGCUUUUUUUUUUUAACAUUAGUUUUAUUUUUAUAUCUGUAUAUUUUAUGAUUUUUCAAGCGGACACAAACUUUGAAGAGGGACCAACAAGACACUGUUUACAAUGUGUAUAUUUAUAUAUGUAUGCGUCAUACAUAUAUAUCUCUCUAUCUAUCUAUCUAGCCACCCAGCUUCUCAUAGUACAGUGAACAUGUAUUUCAUGCAAUGUAUUAGAAGAGAACAAAUAGCACAUUCUCUUGCUUGAUUUUUUUUUUCCACCAUGGGGUUUGUUUGCUUCUUCAAUCCGCUCCCACCUUGUUUUUGUCUUUCUCUGUGGAUGUCUCCAAACCCCCGGGUUUCACUUCGGCAAUGGUGAUCGUGCUUCUCCGUCCUCCCGUCACCUCCCUCCCCAGCAUUCCCUGUUUUAGGGGCCUUCUUCUCUCUUGUUAUAAAAAAGCAAAACAAAAGACAAAAAACUUUUUACCAAGUGAAACAUGGAUACCACCUUUUAUUUCCAUUCUCACCAAUGUAAAUACUGAUACUAACGGAGAAUUUUGACUUUGCAUUCUGUCAGAAUACUUGUGUUCAAAUAAAAAUUACCAAAAAAAAUA